AUGGCGAAAUGGUUGCGCGGCCUGAGAUCCGCGGCGGAGGUGGCUGAUUUUCCGGCGUAUUCAUUCGGUCGAUCGAUUCGGUGUUUGCAUCAGUACGAGACGAUCCAGGCGAUACCACGUGAGGCCACGGGACGAAGAGUAUCGGCACGGGAUCGGACGAUUGGCCGGAUUCCCGCCGUGGUUUUCCCUCAGUCGCUUCUCGACACGGAAGCUUCGAAGCGAGGGGCUUCGAGGAAGCAGAUGUUAACGACUGAUAGGAAGCAGAUUAAGUCCAUUUUAGAAUCUGUGGGUCUCCCGUUCUUCUGCUCGACCACAUUCAAGCUCCAGAUCCGAGCUGGGCAGGGCUCAUCGACGCUAGUUGAAUCCGGUCGAGUGCUUCCCCUCAAGAUUCAUAGAGACGAAAGUGGAAAGAUACUGAAUUUAGUGUUUGUAUGGGCUGAGGAUGGGGAGCAACUCAAGGUUGAUGUUCCUCUUGUUUUCAAAGGAUUAGAUCAUAGUCCCGGUCUCAAGAAAGGGGGGAAUUUGAAGUCAAUCCGAAGCAGUGUGAAACUUGUAGGCCUAGCAGAACAUAUUCCAUCUAAGAUCGAAGUAGAUGUGAGCAAACUCGACAUCGAGGACAAAGUGUUGAUGCAAGAAGUUGUAUUUCAUCCAUCACUGAAGCUAUUGAGCAAGGAUGAAACCGCGCCUGUGUGUAAGAUUGUCGCCACGAGCCCCGUGAAAGAAUCAGAAGCUGUUCAAGCAUAA